AUGGUUGACAGCGGAGAAAACCCGAUCCCCAACGUCGGGAAGAUGGUAAAGCUGAGGACUGCCGACGGCGAGAUCUUCGAGGUGGAGGAGGCCGUGGCAAUGGAGCUUGAGACCGUCAAGUCCUUCUUCGACGACGACGGCGUUUCGUAUGACACCGUCGUUCCCCUCCUGAACGUGACGUCGCCCACGUUCGCCAAGGUUAUCGAGUACUGCCGGCGCGCCGUCGAGUUCAGCGCCAAGUUGGCUUCCGCCGGCAACGACGACAAGGGCGCCAAGGAAAAGGUGAAGGAGGAGAGGAAGGCGUUCGAAGCGGAGUUCGUGAACAACGAGAGCAACGAAGCGGUCAAGGGGUUGGUUCUAGCGGCGAAUUACCUCAACAUCAAGGACAUGCUCUCUUUUCUCAACCAGGCCGUGGCCGAUCGGAUCAAGAACAAGAGCGUGGAGUACGUGCGCCGGUUCUUCGGGAUCGAGAACGACUUCUUACCGGAAGAGGAUCAGCAGAACCGCCAGGACAAUGCCUGGGCCUUCGAGGACGUCGACGCCGAUUGA